AUGGACGUGCAGCACGACCCGCUGGACGCUGUGCCAGCCGCCUGCGCGCGUCGGCGGACGACGUCGCCGUCCGAAGACGAUGGCGAGACCACGACGGACGAUGCUACGCCACCGACGGUGCUGGCGGGCUUUCUCACAUGGCAGGCCAAGGUUGUCAACACGUUCGGGCUCUCGUUUCUGACGCUGGUCGGCAUGGUCUACUUUGUGCAGGGCUUUGGCAGUUUUAGCAUGCUCGCGAUCGCGUACUUGAUGAAGGACGUGCUGAAGCUGCAGCCGGCGGCAUCGCAGGCCAUCAUGACGACCGCGGGCUUUCCGUGGGCCAUCAAGCCGCUCUACGGCAUCCUCUCCGACUCGCUGCCGCUGUGCGGCUACCGGCGCAAGUCGUACCUUGUGCUCAUUAGCCUUCUCGGCCUCUGCGCCUACUUUUGGCUGCAUCUGACAACGCCGGCGACGGCGCUUGCGCAGAUCACGCUCCUCAUCUUGCUCGCCAGCCUCGGCACCGCGGUGAGCGACGUCAUCAUCGACGCCCUCGUCGUCGAAAUGUCGCGUCUCGACCCCAAGAAUGGCGCCAACGACCUCCAGUCGAUCACGUGGUGCAUGAUGUCGCUCGGUGGCAUUGUCGGGUCGCUUCUCGCAGGCCCCGUCACGACCAGCUUUGGCCCCUCCCGCGUGUUCCUUGUGUCGAUGCUCGGGCCCGCGACGAUCUUGGUGCUCUCGCUGCUCAUGAAGGAGACCAAGAUCCAAGCGCAGCGCCAUGGACCGAGCUGCCUGCGUCUCGCGUCGACCCAAGUCGGGCUCUUGCGCCAAGCCAUGCGCGUUCCCGUCAUCUGGAAGGCGGCUCUCUAUAUGUUUGCCUCGGGCGCCAUCGCGCCGUCGUUUAGCCAAAUCCAGUUUUACUAUGUGACCGAAGUACUGCACUUUUCGCCCGACUUUAUGGGCAACGUCCAAGCGUUGGGGUACGUCUUCCUCAUGCUGGGCACGGUUGUCUACAAUACUUGGUGCAAAGACCUUCCGUUUCGCCGCAGCUUUGCGACCGCGCAGAUCGGCCUCGGUGUCAUUAGCCUCGUGGAGAUUGUGCUCGUGACGCGCACGAAUCUCACGUUGGGCAUUCCCGACAAAUGGUUCGUCAUUGGUGACGCGAUGCUGUCAGACAUCAUUAGCCGCCUCAAAAUGAUGCCCCUCCUCGUCCUCUGCUCCAAGCUCUGUCCGCGCGGAAUCGAAGGCACGUUUUUCGCGCUGCUGAUGGCGGUCGCCAACCUCUCGGGCGCGGUCAGCGGCUACUGGGGCGCGACGCUCUGCACGCUCCUCGGCAUUAGCCGCGACUCGUACGACAACCUCUGGUUUGCGAUCUUACUGCGGAGUGUGCUCAAGCUCGUGCCGCUCACGUUUUUGUUUUUGCUGCCCGAGCAUGACCCGCAGGAAGAGAUCGAGGCCAUGGCGCUCGCGGCGGCCGCAAGCCACCACCGCGAACUCUCCAUGACCGCCGACGUCGACAACGACGACGACGGUAUCGUAGACGAUGAGAUUACCGACUUGCUCGCGGCCAAACAGGAGGAAGAGGGACCGUAAACAUACUACAACCUUCGUUCUCGUGCGCCAGUUAAAG